ACACGCCGUCGCGCUAACACAACUUUGCACAACACGCCGUCGCGCUAACGCAACUUUGCAAGUUUCACAGUCUAUUAGGAAGUCGUGUCCGGAAAUAUAAGACUGCGCAUGCUGAUUGCAAUUAACGUGUUCAUCUCUUUUAAAAUGCAGAAUGAACCCAAUGGGAUAUUCGUCUUUGACAGAAGGCAAUCACAGGGAAGACGUUACUCGAGAAGACCUCAUUCGAGACUAUUUCUACGGUGGGUACACAAAUCUAGAGAUUUGUGGUAUCCUGCUUUUACGACAUGAAAUAGUUAUCAGUAUAAGACAUCUGAAAAGAAUAUUGGCGAUGAUGGGACUAAGAAGACGAAUGCUGCAAAACACUGUUGAGGCAUCUUAUGCUAUCAUGGAGGAAUUAAAUGGAAGUGGUUCUUCUCUUGGAUGUCGUGGACUACAGCGUCGUCUUUUGUCACAUGGACUCGUGGUUUCAAGAGAACAGGUUUUGGCCAUUCAAAAGGAACUGGACCCUAUUGGUGUUUUGGAAAGAAAACAGAGGCGUCUAAAGAGAAGAGUAUAUCAUAACAAAGGCCCUAAUUAUCUAUUGCAUGUCGAUGGAUAUGAUAAGCUUAAAAGAUUCGGUUUCGCAAUUCAUUGAUGUGUUUGCGGGUAUAUACAUGUAUGUGUUGCUGUGUCAGUUAUGUAAUAUAUAUACGUAGUCAAAUGAUAAUUUAAUAUAUGUAAAUGAAACAGUUUUAUGCCCAGAAAUUAUGUCUUUAAACUUCUUCACAACUGAAACAUGUCUUGCAGUCUAUGUAUAAUUUUUUUUAAAAGUUAGAUUAGGGUCACAUGUAUUAUGGGUUCAUUGUCAAGGUCAAAGAUCGCUUUUGCCCAAAUAUGAUUUGGCUACAUAUUAAACCAGUUAAUUGGAGAGUAUUUCUCAAACACACAUUGUUUAUACUUUAAGGAAAAACCCUCUCUCUGACAAAAUCUGAUAUAUUCAUAAUGGUUUGAUUAUUUGAAAUAAUUCAGUUUCAUAAAAAGA